UACUGCUCCCAUGCAGGGGCGGACUUACCAUUUGGAAACUCGGGCACUACCCGAGGGCCCGGGGUCAGUAGGGGGCCCCAUGAGAUGCCCCUGGUACAUUUUUCAUAGCCUUUUUAGAGUUUGGGCAAGGACACAGGGGCCCCAUGAUCCCCUAUUGCCCGGGUGCCCCAUGAGUUGUCAGUCCGCCCGCCCCUGCUCCCAUCUGAGAAAAAUCAGGUCUUUUGUCUUGCCAGACAGGGCUGUGCUGUGUGGCCGAGCUGUAUAAAACUCAAGGCUGGAUAGACAUA